AUGAGUGAAGAGGAAAAUUCCACUGAAGAGAAGGAUUGGAUAGCUCUAAUGAUGUGCUUCAAGGCCAUACAGAAGGGUAGCCCGAGAUCCCGCCAGUUUUCCCGUGCCCAACCCUCCUUGGGAGAGGUAGCGGGCGAGCGAGGGAGAGCAGCCCUUAAGCCACCCCGCCUCCUUGCCGCGCGCUCCCGUCACAGUUCCCUCCGCGGGGGGCUCCGGCGGAGUUCUCUCAGCCCGGAGAAGCGCAUCCCACUUCCGAGGCGGCGGCUGGUCCCCCGGCCCAGGGACCUAGAACUCCGUGAAGUGCAAGGGGAUAAGGCCGUACCCCGGGCAGAACUGGGCACGCGGCAGGCAGCCGGACACGAGCUCUGGCCAGUCCCCCUCCCCAAGCCCCGAGAAAGCCCUACGCGGGCCGGCUGCCCCGGGGCUGGCGGGGAAGCGGCUGAGCCCGGCCCAAGCCGCGGCGGCGCGUGCAGCCGCUCUCCUCCGCGCCCCAAAGCCAGGUUGUGUGCAUGGGGGGAGGGGUUGCCGCCGCCGCCGCCGCUGCCGCCAGCUCGGGUUGGUCGGGCUGAGAGCCGCGGAGCAGAGCCGGAGAAGGAGAGAAAGGCCAGCGACCUGGGGCCUGGGAGGCGUUCGGCCGGCUGGAGGGGCGGAGGAGGUGCAGGAGCCGAAGCAGUAGAAGGAGAGCGGCAGCCCGGUCCCCUCGGGAGAGUCCGCCUCCGCCGCGGGAGGGGGAGCGGGAGCGGCGGCGGCGGCGGCAGGAGCUGGAGGCAGCAGCCGCCGCGGCAGGGAGAGCAGCAGCAGCGGCGGCGGCGGCAGUCAGCGGCGGCCGUGAGGGAAGGAGGGGGAGCGGCGGAGACAAAGAGCGGAGCCUCCUUCGGCGGGGGAGCCCGGCCGCCGCCGCCGCCGCCUUCUCUGUCUGGGCUUGAGUGUGCCGGCCGGGCCAGUGGGGACCCCUCCCCAGCUCUUGUGAGUUUGGGUGGGGGGGCCGCAGCCGUGCUUUCUGCCUCGUCCUGCCGACCCCACGGGCGGCUUUCUGCGCUCCGCCUCCGCUCUCCCGGCCGAGGGCGUCCCCUUCUUCCCCCCAUCACCCACCGCCCCUCGGGAGAUUUUGUGCUGCUGUUAUACCACAUAACACAAAUAUUCUGGAUCAGCAUUAUCUGUGUGAAACUUUCUACUAAAGGUGAAAAUUGAAGACAUUUCUACAGUUCUGUAGCUU